CCCGAGGAUCUGGAGGCCCCCAAGAGUCACCACUUCAAGGUGAAGACCUUCAAGAAGGUGAAGCCCUGUGGGAUUUGCCGACAGGUCAUCACCCGGGAGGGUUGCACCUGCAAAGUCUGCAGCUUCUCCUGUCAUCGGAAAUGCCAGGCCAAGGUGGCUGCCCCCUGUAUUCCUCCAUCCAGCCAUGAACUGGUGCCCGUCAACACUGAGAGCGCUCCAAAGAAUGUAGUGGACACGGGAGAAGGAGCCUUCCGGGGUGGAAGCACACGGAAAAGCCUUGAGGAAGAGGGCUCCACCAGAGUCACGCCAAGUGUCCAGCCCCAUCCCCAGCCCAUCAGAAACAUGAGCGUGAGCCGGACCAUGGAGGACAGCUGUGAGCUGGACCUGGUGUACGUCACCGAGAGGAUCAUCGCCGUCUCCUUCCCCAGCACAGCCAACGAGGAGAACUUCCGGAGCAACCUCCGCGAGGUGGCCCAGAUGCUCAAGUCCAAACAUGGAGGCAACUACCUGCUUUUCAACCUCUCCGAGCGGAGACCUGACAUCACGAAGCUCCACGCCAAGGUACUGGAAUUUGGCUGGCCCGACCUGCACACCCCAGCACUGGAGAAGAUCUGCAGUGUCUGCAAGGCCAUGGACACCUGGCUCAACGCAGACCCCCACAAUGUCGUCGUUCUACACAACAAGGGAAACCGAGGCAGGAUAGGUGUUGUGAUCGCAGCUUACAUGCACUACAGCAACAUUUCUGCCAGUGCUGACCAGGCCCUGGACCGAUUUGCAAUGAAGCGGUUCUACGAGGAUAAGAUUGUCCCCAUAGGUCAACCGUCCCAGAGAAGGUAUGUGCAUUAUUUCAGUGGCCUGCUCUCUGGCUCCAUCAAAAUGAACAACAAGCCCUUGUUUCUGCACCAUGUGAUCAUGCACGGCAUCCCCAACUUCGAGUCUAAAGGAGGGUGUCGGCCAUUUCUUCGGAUCUACCAGGCCAUGCAACCUGUUUACACGUCUGGCAUCUACAACGUCCAAGGAGACAGCCAGACCAGCAUCUGCAUCACCAUCGAGCCCGGGCUGCUCUUGAAGGGAGACAUUUUGCUGAAGUGCUACCACAAGAGGUUCUGGAGCCCAGCCCGAGACGUUGUCUUCCGCGUGCAGUUCCACACCUGCGCCAUCCAUGACCUGGGGGUGGUCUUUGGGAAGGAGGACCUUGAUGAUGCCUUCAAAGAUGAUCGAUUUCCAGAAUAUGGCAAAGUUGAAUUUGUGUUUUCUUAUGGACCAGAGAAAAUUCAAGGCAUGGAACACCUGGAGAACGGGCCGAGCGUGUCUGUGGACUAUAAUACCUCUGAUCCCCUCAUCCGCUGGGAUUCCUAUGACAACUUCAAUGGGCAUCGAGAUGACGGCAUGGAGGAGGUUGUGGGCCACACCCAGGGACCCCUGGAUGGGAGCCUGUACGCCAAGGUGAAGAAGAAGGACUCCCUGCACGGCAGCACUGGGGCUGUCAACGCUGCGCGUCCUGCCCUUUCGGCCACCCCCAACCACGUGGAGCACACCCUCUCUGUGAGCAGCGACUCGGGCAACUCCACGGCCUCCACCAAGACAGACAAGACCGAUGAGCCUGUCCCGGGCCCCUCUGCUGCCGCUGCUGCCCUGAGUCCCGAGGAGAAGCGCGAGCUGGACCGCCUGCUCAGUGGCUUUGGCUUGGAGCGAGAGAAGCAAGGCACCAUGUACCACACCCAGCAUCUCCUGUCCCGCCCAGUGGGGGGCCCUGCUGCGCCCUCCUCUGGCCGCCACGUCGUCCCCGCCCAGGUUCACGUCAACGGCGGGGCCUUGGCAUCCGAGCGGGAGACAGACAUCCUGGAUGAUGAGCUGCCUAACCAGGAUGGGCACAGCGUGGGCAGCAUGGGCACACUGUCCUCCCUGGAUGGGGUCACCAACACCAGUGAGGGGGGCUACCCAGAGGCCCUGUCUCCACUGACCAAUGGUCUGGACAAGCCCUACCCUGUGGAAACUAUGGUCAAUGGCGGGGGCUACCCCUAUGAGUCUGCCAGCCGGGCGGUGUCUGCCCAGGCUGGCCACGUGGCCCCCAUGCGGCCCUCCUACUCUGCACAGGAGGGUUUAGCUGGCUACCAGCGGGAGGGGCCCCAGCCAGCCUGGCCACAGUCAGUGACCACCCCCCACUAUGGCCAUGAUCCUAGCAGCAUGUUCCGCUCUCAGUCCUUUCCGGAAACCGAGCCCCAGCUGCCCCCAGCUCCAGCCCGUGGCGGGAGCAGCCGGGAGGCUGUUCAGAGGGGCCUGAAUUCCUGGCAGCAGCAGCAGCAGCAGCAGCAGCCUCGCCCACCUCCUCGCCAGCAAGAAAGAGCCCACUUGGAGGGUCUUGGGCUCAGCAGACCUAGCCCCCAGCCACUGGCAGAGCCCCCCAUGCCUGGCCUCCCUGAGUUCCCACGGGCAGCCUCCCAGCAGGAGAUCGAGCAGUCCAUCGAAGCCCUCAACAUGCUGAUGCUGGAUCUGGAGCCAGCCACGGCGGCUGCCCCCCUGCACAAGUCCCAGAGUGUCCCCGGGGCCUGGCCAGGGGCUUCCCCGCUCUCCUCCCAGCCCCUCUCUGGCUCCUCCUGCCAGUCCCAUCCACUGACCCAGUCCAGAUCCGGCUAUAUCCCCAGUGGGCAUUCCUUGGGAACCACUGAGCCGGCCCUCCGGUCCUCCCUGGAGUCCGUCCCUCCUGGCAGGCCUUACUCACCUUAUGAUUAUCAGCCAUGUCCAGCUGGGCCCACUCAGACUUACCAUCCAAAGAGCCUAGCCUCCUCCUCGUCUGCCCUCCUUCCAACCACCCAGAGUGCGCCAGGGCCUCAGCAACCUCCGGCCUCUCUUCCUGGCUUCACCGCUCAACCUCAGCUCCCACCAAAGGAGAUGACUUCAGACCCAUCACGAACUCCGGAGGAGGAGCCAUUGAACCUGGAGGGGCUGGUGGCCCACCGGGUAGCAGGGGUGCAGGCUCGGGAGAAGCAGCCUGGAGAGCCCCCAGCACCUCUCCGGAGGCGGGCGGCCAGCGACGGGCAGUAUGAGAACCAGUCGCCAGAACCCACAUCCCCCCGUAGCCCGGGGGUCCGCUCCCCUGUCCAGUGCGUCUCCCCGGAGCUGGCUCUCACCAUCGCUCUCAAUCCUGGAGGGCGGCCCAAAGAGCCCCAUCUUCACAGCUACAAGGAGGCCUUCGAGGAGAUGGAGGGAAGCUCCCCGACCAGCCCACCGCCCAGUGGGGUGCGCUCCCCCCCAGGUCUGGCCAAGACACCCCUGUCUGCUCUGGGCCUGAAACCCCACAACCCAGCGGAUAUCUUGCUGCACCCCACCGGCGUCACCAGAAGACUGAUCCAGCCAGAGGAGGAUGAGGGGAAGGGGGUGACAGAGCUUCCCAAAGAGCCCCGGAGCUAUGUCGAAUCGGUGGUGCGGACAGCAGUGGCUGCGCCCCGGACUCAGGACCCCGAGCCCAAGAGCUUUAGCGCCCCGGCUGCCCAGGCCUAUGGCCACGAGACACCUCUGAGGAACGGGACUCUGGGAGGCUCCUUUGUCUCCCCGAGCCCCCUCUCCACGAGCAGCCCCAUCCUCAGUGCUGACAGCACUUCAGUGGGGAGUUUCCCAUCCGGGGAGAGCAGUGACCAGGGCCCGCGGACACCCACCCAGCCUCUGCUGGAUUCUGGCUUCCGCUCCGGCAGCCUGGGCCAGCCCAGCCCUUCGGCUCAGAGAAGCUACCAGAGCUCUUCUCCUCUCCCGACUGCGGGCAGCAGCUACAGCAGCCCCGACUACUCACUUCAGCAGUUCAGCUCCCCAGAAAGCCAGGCCCGGUCUCAGUUCAGUGUGGCCGGUGUCCACACAGUGCCCGGGAGCCCUCAGGCACGGCACAGGACAGUAGGCACCAACACUCCCCCUAGUCCUGGCUUUGGCCGCCGGGCUGUGAACCCCAGCAUGGCUGCACCUAGCAGUCCCAGUAUGAGCCACCGCCAAGUGAUGGGUCCACCAGGAACUGGUUUCCAUGGUAACAUGGUCUCCAGCCCCCAGAGCAGUGCAGCGACCACUCCAGGAAGCCCGAGCCUGGGCCGGCACCCGGGGGCCCACCAGGUUUUAGGCUUCCACGGCAAUGUGGCCACCACUCCAGGGAGCCCCAGCCUGGGCCGACACCCUGGGGCCCACCAAGGCAACCUAGCCUCCAGUCUCCAUGGCAAUGCAAUGGCCAGCCCAGGAAGCCCCGGCCUGGGCCGUCACCUGGGAGGGUCUGGAUCUGUGGUUCCUGGCAGCCCCAGCUUGGACCGGCACGUGGCCUAUGGUGGCUACUCCACGCCUGAGGAUCGGAGACCCACGCUGUCCCGGCAGAGCAGCGCCUCGGGCUAUCAGGCUCCUUCCACACCCUCCUUCCCUGUGUCUCCUGCCUACUACCCGGGCCUGAGCAGCCCCGCCGCCUCUCCCUCACCGGAUUCAGCAGCCUUCCGACAGGGGAGCCCGACACCGGCCUUGCCAGAGAAGCGGAGGAUGUCCAUGGGAGACCGAGCAGGCAGCCUCCCCAACUACGCCACCAUCAACGGGAAGGUGUCCUCCUCGCCUGUUGCCAGCGGCAUGUCCAGUCCCAGUGGGGGCAGCAGCGUCUCCUUCUCCCACACUCUGCCUGACUUCUCCAAGUACUCCAUGCCAGACAACAGCCCUGAGACGCGGGCUAAAGUGAAGUUCGUCCAGGACACCUCCAAGUAUUGGUACAAGCCUGAGAUCUCCAGAGAGCAGGCCAUCGCCCUCCUUAAGGACCAGGAGCCAGGGGCUUUCAUCAUCCGUGACAGCCACUCCUUCCGAGGAGCCUAUGGGCUGGCCAUGAAGGUGUCUUCGCCCCCUCCUACCAUCAUGCAGCAGAAUAAAAAAGGAGACAUGACGCAUGAGCUCGUGAGGCAUUUCCUGAUAGAGACGGGCCCCAGAGGAGUCAAGCUCAAGGGGUGUCCCAACGAGCCAAACUUCGGAUCUCUGUCUGCCCUGGUCUACCAGCACUCCAUCAUCCCUUUGGCUCUGCCCUGCAAGCUGGUCAUUCCAAACCGAGACCCCACAGAUGAAUCGAAGGAUAGCUCGGGCCCUGCCAACUCAACCAGCGACCUGCUGAAGCAAGGGGCAGCCUGCAAUGUGCUCUUCGUCAACUCUGUGGACAUGGAGUCCCUCACUGGGCCACAGGCCAUCUCCAAAGCCACUUCUGAGACACUGGCUGCUGACCCCACGCCAGCAGCCACCAUCGUUCACUUCAAAGUUUCUGCCCAGGGAAUUACACUGACCGACAACCAGAGAAAGCUCUUCUUCAGACGACACUACCCCCUCAGCACCGUCACCUUCUGUGACCUGGAUCCGCAGGAGAGAAAGUGGAUGAAGACGGAGGGAGGUGCCCCUGCUAAGCUCUUCGGCUUUGUGGCCCGGAAACAGGGCAGCACCACGGACAACGCCUGCCACCUCUUUGCGGAGCUCGACCCCAACCAGCCGGCCUCUGCCAUCGUCAACUUUGUCUCCAAGGUCAUGCUGAGUGCAGGCCAGAAGAGAUGAACUCCCUCCCCUUGCCCCAGGGCCAGGGCAGUGGGGAUGGGGUGUGUGGGGAGGGGACCCAUGAAUCCUGACCAUCCUUGAAUCCAGAAGGAGGACUUUGGGCCAAUUUUGGAGAAGGAGAGAAGAAAGUGUAACGUGGGGAGAGGGAAGUGAAUUGAGUGGGGAGGGGGAGAGAGAAAGAAAGAAAGAAAAAGAUAGAGGAGGAGAACUCGGAUUCCCCCAGGUAGAUGGAUACUGUGAAACCCCCCAGAGCCUCCAAAACUAACCAGAUCCACCUAACUCCCCCUCCACCCUCUGAGAGGACGGAACUGCUCAAGGGAGACAGAGCCAGCUUCCUUGGGGACCCACAUUUUGGGGAGAAAUGGAAAAGCUCUUUCUCCCUAACCCAACUGCUUUGCAAGAAGAAAUCUUGUCAAGAGAAUCUUUUCCUGGCCACCUUUAGGGUAGAUCACCAAACCAAAAAAAGGCAGCAUGGGACAUCCAGUGGCAGAACUUUUGCUUUUGAAAUUAUCUCAGACCCAAGGCACUUAAGGUCUCUUUGCUCUGCCUCCGAUGUACAGUUUGUGUAUAUAUGGCCAUGCCCACGUCCUCACACACUGAUCUGUUUGCCUCUCACCUAGAAUUAUAAACAGGUGUGCUUGUCCAUGUCCCCUGUGUUUGUACACACGUGUAUCCUGUCCAAAGAAGGUAGAGUUGGGGAGACAGGGCAGCUGUGGGGGCACAAACCCUCUUCCCCAGGAGCACGCAGGAUGAUGGAUAACGGACUCUUUCUCAGUCUCUGCACCUGCUCUAAAGACCUUGGGUGCUGCCAGCCCCACCUCUUCACAGAGACCCCGACAGGAGUGGGGCUGGCCAUGUUGCAACGUUAGCCUUGAUCUGCCUCCACCAGGAGGCUGGAGCAUUGGUUUGAGGAGAUGCGGACAUGUGUGUCUGUAGCCUUGGGGAAAGGAUCCCUCAGGAAAGGUGGCUGUUGAGCUCCAGGCACCUUUCUCAAGGCAUGCGGUCCAGCAUCGGGGUGGGCAGCUUCCAGCCCUCCUCAGCCCCUCCUUGGGUUUUGUGCCCCAGAUCCGCCUUUCUCAGACUGGCUUACGUGCAUGAUGCCUUUUGGGGUGCUGGGGGUUGAGCCUUCCUGCUCUGCCCUGCCCUGUCUUGUCCUGAAGGGUCCCCGCUUGGGGGCUCGUCCUGGGAAACUGCUUCCAGAAGCCCUGCUCUGCGAGGCCACAGAAGACGCCCACAGUUCCCGUGCUCCCUCUGCACGGCUUUGGGGUCUGGCUUUUGCUGGGCUGCCCGGGGGAGCUGGGCAGAGCUUUGGGGGCUGCUGCCUGUGUACCACACGGCCUGUGUACGAUACCAAAGCCUUGUUCUCCCCGCUUCUGCCUUGGGCUCCCCGCAGAGCCCAGCUGCCGCAGAGCAGAGAGCAGAAGGCUCACAUUUAGGCCAAGGGGCCAAGAGUCCAACUGGGCUAUUGGGAGCCCCCUGACCACCACCCAAGGUCUCUAAGCCGGAUGGAACAUCCACCAGGUCUCCGUCCUUAAGUAGCUCUUAAGCCUCUGGGCUCUCUAGAGAGAGGCGUUGUACUGAUAUAUAAAUAUAUAUAAUAUAUAUGUGAGACAUACUGACAGAAUCUGUAAGCUAAUAAAAUAUAAGAAAAGGUUAAAAAAAAGAAUAGGUAAAUUGACAAGAAGUAUUUAUUAUUUUCCCGUACUGCGUUAUGGCCUCCCUGGCAUAAACCAACCCCCAUCCCUCUCUGUACAGAUAAGUGAAGCCUGAACUGUAGGGGCCUUUAUCCUUGGAGCAAUCGGGGGUCUCCUUGCCUUGGCCUUCGCUAGACUCUGUUUGGGGCUCAGUGGGCAGAGGGUGCAGGUGUUCCAUCCCCUUUAGUUUCGGCCAACCGGGGCCCCGCCGUCAGCUCCCAGCGAUGAGAGGGGAGCUGCCCUGGUCGGUGUGAGAGCCUGCAGGGGACAUGGGUGUGCGUGCUGGGCGUGGGUGAUGUGUGCGUCUUGUAUUAUUUUCCUUCCAAGAAGCUGUGUCUGUGCGGACAUUCUGUUUGAGGGAGCUGGAAAGGAGAGCGUCUGAGGAAGGCUGGGAGCAGCAGCCCACCCCGUGCUUCCCAGAGGUUGAAGCCUUGUUCUUGGUGGCUGAGAUUCCUUCAAAGUGCUCUUCCUUCUGAGGCCUUGACUACCCUGAUUUCCCCUCUCUCAUUCCCUCCCCACCCCCAGCCCACCUCUCUUCCCAGACAGAAGAGAAUAUUUGCACCUAGUUCCUUUGUAAAUAUCUUAAUCUCCCACUGGACAGUCUGGGGACUCUCUCCUCCUGGUCUGGAUGGCCAGGUGGAGCUUCGGACCCUUUGUGCAAAUCUGGGUUCAGCCUUUGACAUGUGCUUUCCCACUGCCCACCAGCAGCCCACCUCUCAGGCAUGGCCAGCCCACCCCACUCAGACCUGACCGUGUGUGACUCUGGGAAGGACCCAGGAGAUGCUGGGAAGCUGAUCAACUCAUUCUCCAGCAUCCUUCUGGAAGGAGUCAGUUUCCUAGAGCUCGGCCUGUUCAGAGGAGUGAUGGGGAAGGGUACCCCAGUCUCCAUCGUGGCUCUGCCUCUGGGUCAGACAUUGCUUGGAAGACACCAUAGCCCCCCCGUGUCUCACAGGUUAGGCCUGUGCACCCUGCACACGUGCACACACACGCACACACACACACACA